AUGGCCGACGCAGAGAACCCAGAGAAGCCGCAGCUGGCGCACGUCGUGUCGGACAUGCACUCGGACACGUCCAAGGCUUCCAAGGCGGCGGUGGCCCACGAGCACAUCGAGGGCAAUGCGCUUCUGGUCGGCCGAGACGGCAAGGUCCGCCGGCUGCCAAUCCCCUCGACCAACCCCAACGAUCCUCUCAAUUUCAAGACGUGGGAGAAGGCCGCCGUCAUUCUGUACAUGCCGCAAGGCUACGACGCGAACCACAUCACGUUCCUUCUCACCAUCCCGAACCUGUGCAUUGGCCUCGGCAACUACCUCAUCCUGCCCGUCUCGCUUGCCUUUGGACGCCGGCCCGUGUUCCUUUUCUCGAGCGUCGUGCUCUUGGCCGCCACCAUUGGCUCCGCCGCGCAGAGCAGCUACAAGGCGCACCUGGCCACGCGCACCAUCCAGGGCCUCGCCACGGGCGCGUCCGAGUCGCUGCUGCCCCUGAUGCUCACCGAGGUCACCUACCUGCACCAGCGCGGCAGGGUGUUUGGCCUGUACUGGAUGGUGCAGAGCAUCUUCAGCGCGGCGCUCAACAUUGCCAGCAGCUACAUCGGCGCCAACCUGGGCUGGCGCUGGUACUACUGGAUUUUUGCCAUUCUCGUCGGCGUCGGCAUCGUCCUGACCUUCUUCUGCGGCUUCGAGACGCGCUUCAGCCGGCCGGCCACCAGCAUCGACGGCGUCGUCGUUGUCACCGACGAGUUCGGCGUCACGCACGUCCUCCCAGACGGCCAGGCUCACGUCCACCUCGCGGAGAUGCAGCAGGAUGGCGCGGCGCAAGACACAGAACACCCCACCACACGCCGCAGCUACUGGCAGAAAAUCAAGCCGUGGUCCACACCGCACCCCCGCCCGCUCCGCAUGAUUGUCCUCUCGUGGCUCCGCAUGGCGCAGUGCAUGACGUCCCCGGCCAUUCUCUUUGUGGUUCUGUCGGCCUCCAUCACCCUCGGCUGUGUCGUCGACAUGUCCCUGACCUACGACGCCGUCCUCCAGGCCAAGGGCUGGGCCGCCCAGGACGUGGGCCUGGUCAACGUCGGCUCCAUUGUCGGCGCGCUGCUGGGUGCCGCGUACGCGACGCUCGCCGGCGACCGGCUCGUGCUGUGGCUGGCCAAGCGCAACGCCGGCGUGCACAAGCCCGAGCACCGCCUCCUUGUCCUCGUCCCGCCCGCGCUCCUGGGCAUGGCCAUGCUCCUCCUCUACGGCUUCACCGCGGCCAGCGCGAGCGCCUCGUCCUGGGGCAUCGUCGUCGCCUACACGCUCUACUCGGUCGCCUGGGUCACCGUCCUGAUUGUCACCACGACGUUUGCCGCCGAGGCCGCGCCCAAGCACCCCGGCCCGGCCCUCGUCAUGGUGGUCGGCACCAAAAACAUCAUCUCCUUUGGCUGGACCUAUGGGCUGACGCCGCUGAUGGACAGGGGCGGGUACGCCUAUGCCUAUGGCGUGCUGGCCGGCGUCUUUGGCGCCUGCUUCCUCCUGGGCAUCCCCGUCUACGUGCUGAACCCGCGGUGGCGUCGCUAUGCGGCACGCAUGGACGAGCGCCGCGGUGUUGUGUCGACUGACUGA